UUAUUAUGAAACGGUAUUUUGAGACGCAUUCGCUGUUCAUCCAAUUUCUGGUUUUGCGCCUAAAUAAACUUUUAUUGAUUUUACUUGCCCGACACUAAUCAUAGAUUCCUAUUGAAAUAUGUAAGGAAGAAGUUAAUUAAUCGCUUAAAAAGGGAAUUAGAUUCAGUCAGUUGAUCGAAUAUGAGCAAAAGACGCAGAGCAUCAUCGGUGGCAAGCCGUGGAGCGGAUGGCGACGACAGUGAUGAGUUGAGCAACCCUGGCCCUCCUCCAUCUACUCGAAAGAAGAAGAAGUUGGAUCCUGGUGAAAUAUGCCAACAGCUCUAUGACACAAUCAGGUCAUACAAGAAAGAAGAUGGUACUCUAUUGUGUGACUCCUUCAUCAGAGCACCCAAAAGACGCCAGGAGCCACAGUAUUAUGAAGUUGUAUCACAACCAAUUGAUUUGCUUAGAGUCCAGCAAAAACUCAAAACUGACACAUACGAAGAUAUAGAAGAACUAUCAACGGACAUAGAGCUGCUUGUAAACAAUGCUAAAGCAUUUUACAAGCCAGAUACAGUGGAGUAUAAAGAUGCAAAUGAACUGUGGAAGUUGUAUUUGCAAACUAAGCAGUCUCUUGAGCAUGGAGAAGAAAUGAAAACUCCAAAGCUGUCCAGAAAUGGCUCAUCGAGUCGUAGAUCAGACGUCGCGGAAGAUUUGUCCGAAACAUCUACUAACUAUGAGGAAGAUAACAUAUAUGAAGAACUUUUUGGUGCUGUUAUGACUGCGAACGUCGACGGGCGUCCUCUAUACCCGGCCUUCCAAUUCCUACCGUCCAAACGCCGGUACCCUGAGUAUUUCAACGUGAUAGACUCCCCCAUUGAUCUGAAGAUUAUAGCACAAAAGCUACAGUGCGGUGAAUAUUCAAACCUUGGUGAGCUGGAGAAGGAUCUGCUGCUGAUGGUCAGAAAUGCGUGUCACUUUAAUGAACCCGGCAGCCAGAUUUAUAAAGACGCUAAAACUUUAAAAAAGAUAAUCCAAGUGCGUCGUCAGGAGUUGGAGCAGCACGGGCGCGGGCCCGCCAAGACCUCGGAGCGCAUCCGCAGCAAGCGCACGUCGCGCGUCGGGCCCGCGCCCAGCUCGCGCGCGCUCGCCAUCAUGGACCCGCCCGGCUCCGACUACGACGCCGACGUCAAGCAUUCUGAAGACAGUGCUGCUGAAAGUGAUGAGGAAAAAGUUGAAAAUGAAGAUUCACCGCAAUGGAAAUUGCUUGAAACUGUCAAGAACCAUUUAGGACCAAAUGGAACCCCAAUGGCCGAACCGUUCUGGAAACUUCCAUCUCGUCGCGCCUAUCCCGACUACUAUAAAGAAAUCAAGAAUCCAGUUUCGUUGAACCAGAUAAAGAACAAAAUAAGACGCGGCAACUAUGGUACUCUCUCGGAAGUGGCAGGCGACAUGAACAUCAUGUUCGAGAACGCCAAACAGUACAACGUACCCGCUUCCAGAUUGUAUAAAGAUGCUGUAAGAUUACAAAGAUUGAUGCAACAACGCGUUCAAGAGCUAUUGGACAUAGUGCAGUCAUCAUCGAGCGACGAUGAGAGUCUUUCGUCAGUCAAGAAUCAGACGCAAGCACAAACACCCAGACCGAGAGGCCGUCCACGGAUAAACCCAAUACCGGUGACAGUACCAUCGCCCGUCACUAUCCCAUCUUUGCCGAAAUCGAAUCUCCCAUUGAAGAAGAAGUUGCAUUACGUAUCUAAGCAGUUGGUGGAGUUUACGUGUUCCGACGGCAGACAGCCAAUGUUGUUGUUUAUGGAGAAACCGAGCAAGAAGUUGUACCCAGAGUACUAUAAUGUGAUAGAGAGGCCAAUAGAUAUGAUCACUAUCGAGGCUAAUAUCAAGAACGACCGCUACAAUACAGUGGAAGAGAUGGUGUCGGACUUCCGGCUCAUGUUCUCAAACUGCCGCCAGUUCAACGAAGAAGGCUCCAUGAUAUACGAAGACGCGAACCUUCUAGAAAGGGUCAUGAACGAGAAACUAAAGGAAGUGAACAGCAAUUACGAGCGAAAAACGCCCAUAAAGACGUUCAAAGCGGCGCCGCGAUCCCGACAACUCUCGCCCUUCGAACAAAAGCUAAGGACGUUGUAUGACGCUAUCAGAGAUUACAGGGACCCCAAAGGUAACUCAUCAAACAGACAACUGGCACUAAUAUUUAUGAAACUGCCAAGCAAGACGGAAUAUCCGGACUAUUACGAGCUGAUAAAGAACCCAAUUGAUAUGGAGAAGAUCGCUCACAAACUGAAGAAUAAUGUGUACAAUUCGGUGAAUGAAUUGGCCUCUGACUUCAUACUGAUGUUCGACAACGCUUGUAAAUACAACGAGCCCGAUUCUCAGAUAUAUAAAGACGCCCUGACGUUGCAACGAGUGUGCCUACAGACUAAACAGCUGUUGAGGGAAGACGACGAGGCCAUACCCGACGUACCGGCAGCGAUACAAGAGUUACUGCUUAACUUAUUCACCACUGUUUACAACCAUCAGGACGAAGAGGGCAGAUGUUACUCAGACAGCAUGGCGGAGUUGCCGGAACACGACGAGUCGGCGAGCGGCGACAAGGUGCGCGCCAUCUCACUCGACCUCGUCAAGCGCAGGCUCGACAAGGGACUCUACAAGCGGCUGGACCACUUCCAACAGGACAUGUUUGCUGUUUUUGAGAGAGCUCGUCGCCUCUCCCGCACGGACAGUCAAAUCUUCGAAGAUUCUGUAGAAUUACAAUCCUAUUACAUCGAGCAAAGAGAUUUACUAUGUCGUGGCACGCUACAGUCCCCAGCAUUGACGUUUACACGCGACACGAUGUCAACAAGCGUGGAGUUGAUAAAGCAAUGCAAACUACUGCAGGAGAAUGAGGACGAGGACGAGACCAGAUCAAGCACCGACGACUCAAUACCGUCAGGCGAGGCGCCGCUACAGACGCAGUACAGCAAGGGCGACUUCCUGUACAUCCAGCCGGAGAAGGGAAACAAGGACCCCACCAUCGUGCAAGUGGAGCGGCUAUGGACCAACAACGAAGGCGUGCCCAUGCUUUACUGCAAUGUUUACUUUAGACCACAAGAGACAUUCCACAUCCGCACGCGCAAGUUCCUGCAGCAGGAGGUGUUCAAGACGGACGUGUACCGCCCCGUGCCGCUGGACAGGGUCGUCGGCCCAUGCCACGUCAUGAACGUCAAGGAGUAUUUCAAAUUCCGCCCUGAGGGUUUUACAGACAAAGAUGUGUAUGUGUGUGAGAGUCGGUACAGUACCAAGCAUCGCUGGUUCAAGAAAAUUAGAGCUUGGGAAGGUCCUGAGAAAGAGGUCCUUGUAGUGCCCAGAGAAGUACCUUUAGAGCCAAGCAGGACGGUGUCGGUGUUCCGCGAACGCGUCGAGAAACACAAGGACGAACUCGCCGAGCUGGAGGUAUUAGAGAAUGUACAAGAGAAGGAAAGACCGGACGUGGUGAUGUACAACCCUCUGGGCACGGACGACGAGAACACGUACUACGAGCAGUACAACACGGUGUGUUCGGGCGUGAUCAAGACCGGCGACUACGUGUACGUGGUCACCGACGGCGGCAAGCAGGUCAUCGCGCAGGUCGACACCAUCUGGGAGACCGGCGACAACAAAUGUUAUUUCCGAGGACCGUUCUUAGUGUUCCCGUCUGAAGUGGCGAAUAUCAUUAACAAACCAUUUUACAAGCAAGAGGUUCUGUUGACGACCAUGCACGACACAAGCCCGCUCGUCGGCAUUGUCGGCAAGUGCUCCGUUUUGGACUACGACGAUUACUUGAAAUGUCGUCCGACAGAAAUCUCGGAGGGCGAUGUGUACGUGUGCGAGAGCAUCUACGACGAGUCCAACCGCGUCGCACGGAAACUCAAGUCCGGCCUGCGGAAAUUCGAACACACCAAAGACGUCACUGUCGAUGAGAUAUACUUCUUCCCGAAGCCGCUGGGACCCCCGGCUCUCGCCACGUCACAAGAAGUGCUGUCUACGUCCGCAGCGUUUGCGCAGAAGCCAUUUAAUCCUAAUGUCAACAUGGAUUCCAUGGAUUCCAAGCCCCAAUUCACGAAUCUCAUCAACACGACGAUCGGGAGCCAAGAUGUAGAAAUGUUACUGGAGAAUUCUCUCGACGACUCGUCACUUGCAUCGCCGGCGACACCGCUCUCUGCAGGCGGCAACAGCAACCCGUACAACCCGUCGAUGUCCGCGACGCCGAGCCAGGAGCGGUCCAGCAGCCAGACGUCCGCCACGCCCGCCACCGGCAAGAAGAAGAAGGAACAGAAGCAGAAGAUCGUCACCGGCUACAUCCUGUACUCCAGCGAAGUGCGCAAGGCUAUCAUCGCCAACAACCCUGAGGCUACAUUCGGCGAGAUCUCGCGCAUCGUCGGCAACGAGUGGCGCUCGCUCCCCGCCGCCACCAAGCAGAGCUGGGAGGAGCGCGCCGCGCGCUGCAACGAGGAGACCUCCGCGCGCCUCGCCGACGAGAUGCGCGACCUCGCGCACCACACUCCCAUGGAGAUGACGUAUGAAUGCGCGUGGGACACGUGUGAUUACCAGUUCGAAGAUCUGGCAGACUGCAUGGAGCACUGCAUAGGAGACGGGGGCAAUAUGAUCGGGACUUAUAUUGAAACAAAGAAACCCAAGCUGGAACCGGGGCACGUGCAGCAGCACUACCGCGGCGCCUUCAGCGAGUACGCGUGCCUGUGGCGCAGCUGCGCGCGCGUGCGCAAGGGACAGGCGCCCUUCCCCAACCUGCCGCGCCUGCUGCGCCACGUGCGCGACCUGCACGUCAACAAGGGCAACGGCAAGCUCAUGCUCGUGCACGAACGAUCCAGGAAUUUCAUCCCAUCGUCAAAGAAGCCGCCGAAGAUGCCGACGGCGGUGCGCAGCGGCGUGAUGUCACCAGGAGGUACAAAUAGCAGUAGUAAUAGCCAAGCAUCAGUGUCGGGCAUGUCGCCGAUGGCGCGUAACUCUCCGUCGCCGGGCGCGGGCGAGGGCGGGUCGCUGGGCGCGGGCGCGGGCGCGGGCGGCGCGGCGGCUCGCUCGGGGCUGGACCCGCUGUUCGUGGCGGCGCCGCCGCGCGCGCUUAGGGUUGUGCACUCUGAUGCUUAUAUCAGAUAUAUUGAAGGUCUGCAUUCAGAACAAAAGUAUAUUACACCAUGGGAAAAGUCGCUUACACCAAUGCCAAUCAAUCCAGAUCCAGCACAAUUUAACAUGCAGAAGCUUCCUACGCACUGGAUGACAGAAGAAGCUGUGAAUGGGUACUUGGCUCAAGACAAGAGUCUCUCAGAGACAGAUAUACAAAAAAUGGAACAGAAUCAAAAAAUACUAAAAGGGCUGUGCGCCCUUCGCGACUUUAUGAUGAAAGAUGCCUUGUGCCUGCACAAGAACUUACAUGUUAGCGGAAUAUAAAAAUGUUUAUUGAUAUAUUUUUAAAUAAAUAUUUCUGUAUUAGACUA